GCAUGAAGCAGCCACCGGCGCCAAACACACAUACACACUGACUUUCCUUCUUGCCAUCAUGAACUCCGCGCCUGGUACGAAUAACCCGAGUAAUCCUGCAGGAACCCAGCACUUUGCGCCACCUGUUCGACAAGAGAUGGAGUAUCUCUGUGCUGACUGCGGAGCAAAAAACGAGAUUAGGUCUCGAGAACCGAUUCGUUGUAGAGAAUGUGGUCACCGUAUAAUGUACAAAAAGAGGACGAAGAGAAUGGUACAAUUUGAAGCUCGGUGAUCUUUGAGGAAGACACAUACCGAAUCAGUGGUGACACUAGCCACGUUCGCAUUUACGUGCACAGUCCUUGACAACGUCCGCCGAGCCAGCCGCUAUCAUAUCUUGCCGCUGUGGGACUCCUUCGGAGACUAUUCUGCAUGCCCCGCCGACAUUGAGACUUUCAUUCAUCUACUAGCUCGGCACGACCCCCCCAUCUUAGUACGACCAGUGUCAUAUCUGUAUAGCAUCGGGAUUUGAAUGACGAAUAGAUUGCUAAUAUCAAC